GGAGUUUAUGCCUGAUAUGUGGGAGAAAAAAACGGUCAAUUUGACUGUUUUGUAGAAGCUCUCAGGAAAAUUGUACUAAAUGGUUCAUUUGCAUAGAGUUUUGUAGCUUUACCAAACCGACAUAGCGGCUAGCCUAGCUAGCAUUAUUUCAUGGCAUCUUUCCAACUCACCUUAUUUGUUGUGAUAUCUACAGCGAUUCAGCAGGUCCAGCUAACAAGCUAGCUCGGGGUUAGCAUAACUAGCUAACUGACGUUCAGUAGGAAACAUAGCGACACAGAGAUAGCUAGGUGAACGUGCCGGGUGCUUGCUAACUUCUCUAAUUUCGUGCGUCCUUGCGAUUUAAUCGAAAUAGUUUCUCUGACGAACUUUUUUCUAGUCAACAAACAAUGCAUUUCUACAACAAGACUAAUGUUUAUUCCAUGAAUUUGACAAGAAGAUAGCUAGCUAACUUUGCUGGCUAACACCGCCUGGCUAGCUUCAGCUUGCUCGUUAUUGGUAACGUUACUCUUUGUUUUGACAAAGGACUUGACAUUUUUUUCUUCCAUAUUUGGAAUAUUCCUGGGCCAUGUCUCCCCAGAAGCACGGUUCUUCUGACGGCGGCAACAACGUAUCGGGUCCCGCUGUGGGAUACGUUGGCACCGGUGGCGGCAGAGCGAACGGCCGUGUCUACCACCACCAGACAACUGCAGUUGUGAUGCCCGCAGCCAAGAAGCCGAAAAUGGAACUGGUUCAAGCCGAUCAUGAGUUGUUCUUGCAGGCAUUUGAAAAACCGACCCAGAUCUACAGGUUUCUCAGAACAAGGAACUUGAUAGCGCCCAUAUUUCUGAACAGAACCCUCACCUACAUGUCCCACAGAAACUCCAGAACAAACGCCAAACGGAAGUCCUCCAGGGUGGAUCACCUGCUGUACAGAGUGGAGAAGAAGAGGGCUGAGCAGAAGGCACACAGCCUGGCUUCACACCUGCAACUCACCUUCACUGGGUUCUUUCAUAAAGUCGAGAAAUCAUCAGUAGCCUCAGAGAAUGAGCAGAACUCUGUUUCUCUAGAGGUGCUGCUGGUUAAAGUCUGUCACAAGAAGAGGAAGGAUGUGAGCUGUCCAGUGAAGCAGGUUCCCACAGGGAAGAAACAGGUGCCCCUGAACCCAGACAGCAGCACUCCCAGCAGCCAGCCCAAGCCGGGCUCCUGUCCUUCUCUGGUGGUGUCCAGUAGUGAGUUUGAUGCCAGCAACGGCCACACGGUUAAGUCCUACUCCCUGUUGUUCAGAGUGUCUGGACCAGGCAGGACGCAGCACAACGGACUGGUCAAUGGACAGACCAAUGAGAAUAUAGAGGAUGUGUGUAACAGGAAGAAGAGAAGCUCUACCGUCAGACAGGAAGAAGUGGGAGAAACAACGUUCGUAGCUCAGAUGACUGUGUUUGAUAAGAACAGGCGUCUGCAGUUGUUAGAUGGAGAGUAUGAGGUGUCUAUGCAGCAGAUGGUGGAAUGUCCUGUCAACAAGAAGAGAGCCACCUGGGAAACGAACCUGGAUGGAAAGCUCCUCCCUCCGUUUGAGACGUUCUCCAAGGGUCCUACUCUCCAGUUCACACUGCGUUGGACAGGCGAGCCCAGUGACAGGUCGACGGCCCCUUUGGCCAAACCCUCAGGUGACGCUAGCAGCCUGACCUCCGACCCUAAGCCCUGCUCCCUCAGACCCACUCAGACCGUAGCUGUGAAAGACUCCUUCAGCAGUACAGAGUUUCAGAUGAGACAGGAACACACACUUGAGGAACCAAGUGACAAUCUACGCAUAUUCUACCAGUUCCUGUAUAACCACAACACACAGCAGCAGACUGGGCCCAGGCUAGAGAUGACCUCCACUUGUCCCUGGUGCACUCUGAACUGUAGGAGACUUUCACAUCUCCUCAAACUGGCCCACAGCAGAUUCAUCUUCAACUAUGUGCCCCACCCUAAAGGAGCGAGGAUAGACGUGUCGAUUAAUGAGCGUUACGACGGGGCGCACGCUGGGAAUCCUCGGGAUAUUCACAGUCAGCCCGGCUUCGCCUUCAGCAGGAACGGACCCGUCAAGAGAUCCCCCGUCACACACAUCCUCGUCUGCAGACCGAAGCGUCUCCUCCCCCCCAGUCUGUGUGAGUUCCUGGAGGCUGAUGGAGGAGAGGGAGACCAGCAGAGAAUCAUCCCUGGUCACAACCGCCUCUACUUCCGCUCAGACAGCUGUACCCCCAAAACACCCCAGGAGGUAGAUCACGACAGUGAGGAUGAGACGGACCCCUUCUGGCUCCGAGAGAGGACCAUCAUGCAAAUCCAGGAGUUUACAGACGUGAACGAUGGAGAGAAGGAGGUGAUGAAACUAUGGAACCUUCACGUUAUGAAGUGUGGCUACAUAGCAGAUAACCAGAUGAACGGAGCCUGUCUGGCGUUUGUGGAAGGUUGCGGUGCGUACAUUGCCAGGAAGAACCUCUGUAGGAACUUCCUGUUACACCUGGUCAGCAUGCAUGACUUUAAACUGGUUACCACGACAACCAUCAACCAGGCCAUGACACGCCUCCGACACAUCCAGCAGACCCAGCGGCAGGAAGGAGGAGAGUGUUUGGUGACAGCGCUGGAGUCUCCGUCUGGGCUGCAACCCGACUAUGCCACAUGUAAUGACGACCACGCGGAUGGUAAGAGUAACCACGGUAAUGGCCGCACGAAUGGAAACGGCGAUGGCGAUGAAGCUGGUAGUUCUGUUGCUGUGGAAACGUCCAGGCCGAGCAAGAGGCAUAAGUUGUGAGGUACCCUCCGGCCCUCUCCUGGAGGAGUGAUGAGUAACUAAAAUGAUGCCCGGUGAUUGGCUGAGUGGAGGGUGAAAGAGGGUGUGUUGGUGGUGAUUGGAGGGAAUAAUAAGAGAGACUCAUGAUGACAUCAUUCCAAACAAGCACUGGGUGUUGGGUUUACCGUAUAGAGGUGGUGGGCCAGAAUCAUUUAAGUCAAUUUGGACACACACAUAAAUACACACACACACACACAGACACACACAGUCCCACUGGUUAUAGCAGGGAAACCUUGGUCUAGUUUUUCCCCAUGUCUGGUUAUUCAGUCUUGCUUUGAUGUCAUGAGACUGACGUUACAGUGACCAUGAGGUCUGUAAACGCAUCACUUUAGCAAUAACUUAGUCCCAACUGGCACCAUAUUCCUUUAUACUAGUGUGCACUACUUUUUACCAGGCCCUGCUAUAGACUAGGGGAUAUAUUUGUACAUCAAGCUGUCUGCUAUGGAUUCGCAUUCUGUCCAGGGGGUGUAUUUGUACAUCAAGCUGUCUGCUAUAGACAAGGGGGUGUACUUGUACAUCAAGCUGUCUGCUAUAGACAAGGGGGUGUACUUGUACAUCAAGCUGUCUGCUAUUGACAAGGAGGUGUACUUGUACAUCAAGCUGUCUGCUAUAGACUAGCAUUCUGUCCAGGAGGUGUACUUGUACAUCAAGCUGUCUGCUAUAGACUAGCAUUCUGUCCAGGAGGUGUACUUGUACAUCAAGCUGUCUGCUAUAGACUAGCAUUCUGUCCAGGAGGUGUACUUGUACAUCAAGCUGUCUGCUAUAGACUAGCAUUCUGUCCAGGAGGUGUACUUGUACAUCAUGCUGUCUGCUAUAGACUAGCAUUCUGUCCAGGAGGUGUACUUGUACAUCAUGCUGUCUGCUAUAGACUAGCAUUCUGUCCAGGAGGUGUACUUGUACAUCAUGCUGUCUGCUAUAGACUAGCAUUCUGUCCAGGAGGUGUACUUGUACAUCAUGCUGUCUGCUAUAGACUAGCAUUCUGUCCAGGAGGUGUACUUGUACAUCAUGCUGUCUGCUAUAGACUAGCAUUCUGUCCAGGAGUGGUACUUGUACAUCAAGCUGCCUCACUACAGAAGCAGGAGCUCCUGCCCUCUGGGCCGUUCUGGCUGUUACAAGGCUUUAGUACUUUAGGCCGAGGCCCAUAGGGUCCUAUAUAGAUCAGUGGUUCCCAAACUGUUUCACUCAGGUCCCUCUUCCAGCAUUGGGGAACAUCCAUUUCUAUGGGCACAAGUUCAUGACACAAACGGUUCACACCCCUAAAAUGUUGCAGAUUUGAAAGCUUAUUUCCUAUACAUUUUGCCAUGUCUAAUGUGUUUUCUUGUGAUAUUUGAGUGACAAAAAAAAAUGAAUGUCUAUGAGCUAAAAAAAAAACAACGUUAGCUGACAUUUCUGACCGGUUAUAAAUAUCUCUCUAAGAAAUGUAAUGACUGACAUGACAAAGAGGAACUGAUGAUGCAAUAACCAGUUUCUACACGUCGCCUUGUGUGUUCUACUAUUACAGCUUUCAAGAGUCAGUUGAAAGCUGGACUGAGUUCUCCCUAGGGGGCCGCGCCCCACAGUUUGGGAACCGCUGAUAUAUGGAAUAGGAUACCAUCAGUGCAGUGUCCAUCCUCACUGGUUCAUCAGUGCAGUGUCCGUCCUCACUGGUUCAUCAGUGCAGUGUCCGUCCUCACUGGUUCAUCAGUGCAGUGUCCGUCCUCACUGGUUCAUCAGUGCAGUGUCCGUCCUCACUGGUUCAUCAGUGCAGUGUCCCUCCUCACUGGUUCAUCAGUGCAGUGUCCGUCCUCACUGGUUCAUCAGUGCAGUGUCCGUCCUCACUGGUUCAUCAGUGCAGUGUCCGUCCUCACUGGUUCAUCAGUGCAGUGUCCGUCCUCACUGGUUCAUCAGUGCAGUGUCCGUCCUCACUGGUUCAUCAGUGCAGUGUCCGUCCUCACUGGUUCAUCGGUGCAGUGUCCGACCUCACUGGUUCAUCGGUGCAGUGUCCGACCUCACUGGUUCAUCGGUGCAGUGUCCGACCUCACUGGUUCAUCGGUGCAGUGUCCGUCCUCACUGGUUCAUCGGUGCAGCGUCCGUCCUCACUGGUUCAUCGGUGCAGCGUCCGUCCUCACUGGUUCAUCAGUGCAGUGUCCGUCCUCACUGGUUCAUCGGUGCAGCGUCCGUCCUCACUGGUUCAUCAGUGCAGUGUCCGUCCUCACUGGUUCAUCAGUGCAGUGUCCGUCCUCACUGGUUCAUCGGCGCAGUGUCCGUCCUCACUGGUUCAUCGGCGCAGUGUCCGACCUCACUGGUUCAUCGGCGCAGUGUCCGUCCUCACUGGUUCAUCAGCGCAGUGUCCGUCCUCACUGGUUCAUCAGUGCAGUGUCCCUCCUCACUGGUUCAUCGGUGCAGUGUCCGUCCUCACGUGUCCGUCCUACUUUAGCCCCCGUCUUGUCUCAGGUGCCUGUUUGAGACAGACUUGGGUGUCUGUGCACUAGACAGGAAAUAGGGUGUCAUUUGGGAUAUUUGCUUUGGGACAAACUCGUUUAUAUAUAUAUAUAUAGUAUAGAGACGAACCGAAAAGACUUGGGUCGUCUUCACUUUAAUUUUUUUUUUUUUUACCUUUAUUUAACCAGGCAAGUCAGUUAAGAACAAAUUCUUAUUUUCAAUGAUGGCCUAGGAACAGUGGGUUAACUGGCCUAGGAACAGUGGGUUAACUGCCUGUUGUAAGUCGCUCUGGAUAAGAGCGUCUGCUAAAUGACUUAAAUGUAAAUGCAAAUGAUCAGGGGCAGAAGGACAGAUUUGUACCUUGUCAGCUCGGGGGUUUGAACUUGCAACCUUCCGGCUACUAGUCCAACGCUCUAACCACUAGGCUACACUAGGCUACCCUGCCGCCCACUUGGGACGGACUACCUGAACAAUAUAAACAUUUGUUGUCGUUUUCUUGUGCUAAACGUUUUUGCUACAGUGUGCACUAAUGAAUACAACCCUGAUGACGGCCAGACUCUGCUGUAUUGUUGUUGUUUUUUUACAAGGGGAAUGGUUGGUUGUAUGAUGAUGCAUUCUGAAUUUGAACAUUUGAUUGUUAUGUUUAUUACUAUGGGGGCCAUUUUGAGGCUGAACUUGAGGGACGUUACGCUGGUCUGAAGUCCAGCUCUUAGAAACAGUGUUGUUGGACUAGAAGGUGUCUGGCUCAGGGUAGAAACGUCACAUCCUAAACUAAAUGUUUAUUGCUGUCAGACCUCUGUUUAAAUACUAUUUGGAGUCUUUAAUGUUUGCUCUAGCCUGCCUGGAGUGCUGGAUGGGAGGGGAGUUGCAGUUUUGGGACUGGUCUUUAGGUCCAUUUAAGCCAGGCAAAGCUCAAUCAAGCACAGAUCGAGUAUUUGAACUCAGGUCUGGUUAGCACUCAAGUCAGUCACAGGAUCCAAUGGUGCUACUAGACGAUUCAGGCCCUCAGCGAGCACAGAUCACAGUCAUCUGUAACCUUUUUGAGGUCAUUAGGUCAAGGUUCAGUUACACUGUAUGACCACAUUCAUCAUCAAGCUGAAACCGUGCAGCACCCACAUCCACUCACUGCUUUUGGGCAGCGUCCCGAAUGGCAUACUACUUUUGACCAGGGUCCACAGGGUAGUGCACUACUCAUAGGGAAUAGGGUGCCAUUUGGGACGUACUCUUACUUAUGUUGGAGUAAUUUGGCACGGUCAGUGUCGACGUCUUCAGAAAGGUGACCUGCUGGACAUCAACUGUAGUAAGUAUUACAGUGGAGAGUUAAAUGUUGUUGUUGAGUUUCCUGGCCAAAGGGAGUUGGAUCUGCUGCAGAUGUUCUACUGUGUUCCUCACCUGUGAAACUGUCCCAAUUAGCAUCUUAAUUCCUAUAUAUAUAUAGAUAUAGAGAUAUAGAUAGUGUACCAUAGGGCCCUGGUCAAAAGUAGCAUGGACCACAGGAGGUUGGUGGCAGCUUUAAUUGGGGAGGACGGGCCCUGGUCAAAAGUAGCAUGGACCACAGGAGGUUGGUGGCAGCUUUCAUUGGGGAGGACGGGCCCUGGUCAAAAGUAGCAUGGACCACAGGAGGUUGGUGGCAGCUUUAAUUGGGGAGGACGGGCCCUGGUCAUGGCUGGAGCGGAAUGGUAUCUAACAUGUGAUUGUGUUUGAUGCCGUUAUGAGCCGUCCUCCCCUCAGCAGCCUCCACUGGUAUGGGCCCUGGUCAACAGGAGUGCACUAUAUAGGAAAUAGGGUGUUAUUGCAGGUGCCUCCUUUGCUUCUCCAGUGAUGGGGUGGAUCUUUCCAGGUGUGAACUUGAAUUGCAAUCAAUCAGGACCCAAACAAAGGAAGCUGUUCCUACGAUCUGUAGCUGUGUGCAGUAUGUUGACUAGGGUCAUGUUCAUUUGUCACAAAACGUUAGAAAGCACUCACAACGAGGGAGUUGGAGGUACUAUCUGUACGAAUCCAAUAAAACACUUAUCUUCUGUUGCAAAAUGUUUUGCUACAGUGCGCCUCAGUGAACAUGACCCAGGUUUGUGUGUAUAUACACCUCACUUCAGGGAAAAAAGAGCAACAUUUUGCUCUAGCGAACCCAGAUAAGAAAAUGCAAAAGAAAAACAGGACUUUAUUCACCAACAUCCUAAAACCAGCUGGACGUUGGAAUGUAGUAAUCAAGGAGUCAUAGAAAAUGUUUUCUAUUUAAAAGAAUAAAGAUGUUUUGUACUAUUACCA